AUGUCUUUCUCCAAGAUCAUCGCUUUGGCCUCUCUCCUGUCCGUCAUGGGCCCAGUCUCAGCAGCACCCACCGACAUCAUCAAGCCAGGCCCCGAUGGAAGUCGAAUUGGUCCCUUCCAAAUCUACAACCUUUACCCUCUGGAACCUGAGCGUUCCGAGGCGCCUAUCCAGGCAAUUCAUGUCGAGACAUACCGGGGACAGUCCAUCCGAGAACAAGUUGUCGUCUUCAAAGGCAUCCCGCCUGAGGCCCGGCUGUGCCAACUGAAAUGGGCCCAGGCCCCGACCCCCAACCAGGUGUUCAUCGCGAAAUAUGGCUCAAACACCGAGCCGGGAAUCUCAACCCGCCAGCUCUCAGGCUUCCCUGCCGAGGGUGUUGCGCCAUCGUACGCCUCCGUCCAGCCUUUUGACACCAAGGCGCCAGAGACUUCUCCAACCAUCAAUUUUGAGAACUGGGAUACUCCGGGCUCUUCUGGCACCCGCGAGGGCGGUGACAUGGUUUGCGCCGAGACUAUUUAUCUUAAGCUGGCGUUUAAGAACACCACUGCUGAUAUGCAUGCUUAUAUGGCCCAGGAUUACGGCAACGGCCUUCGCAUGUACUACAAGUGA